GGGCGGCGGCGGCGGCCGGCUUUCGAGAAAAUGCUGCUCAUUGCUGGAUGGGUUGGCGGCCGGCGAGGCGGCGGCUUGCCUUUGCACGGCGAUAAAGGAGACUGUGGCUGGAAUUAAUGUGGAAUGGGAUGUGGGCUUGAGCAUUGUGGUUAGUUCUUGCAAGAAGAAGGUGCCUGAUGGCUUCAAGUGUGUGUGAAGGCAUUAAUAAUUUCUCCUUGUUUCUUUCGUUCUGUGUGCUGGUGUUUUUCUGUGAUGUGUGAGCUUAUUAGUAUUGCUGGUUGAGUUCUGUUUGUCGUAUGUGUUGGUAACAUAUGAGUGUUUGGUUUUGAUGAGUUCUUGUUUUUGUGAUGUAUGAAGUGCAGAUUUUCUGUAAUUUAGCAGAGAUGUUAUUCUUUUGCUGUAUUUUUCUUA